GGCUCCAGAUGGUUCUGCCAAGAGCCUGGGGCACCUCCGGGGUGGGGCUGCCCCUCCCUCCCCUGUCCUGGUUCCCCAGCCCUGGUAGGGGGCCUCACCCGGGGAGGCCUUGAGCUUGUAGCCCUGCCCCGCAGCCCCCUGAAGGGGUAUAGGGGGGCAUUGGCUGGGGUGGGGGUCCAGUUAGAUGAAGGAGACAGAUGUGGGCCAGAUGUUGGCAGCUGGGGUUGGUUUAGAGGCAAUGGGGGAAAAGUCUGCAUGGGCUGUGGGGGAGGGGCAGAGCUGGAGUGAGGGAUGUGGACCCCCCACGGGUACACACACACACACACACACACACACACACACACACACCCUGGGCUGAGUCCUUGGGAAGACAAUUCCCCCUUUCAAGAUGCUGCCCGGGCAGGUUCUCCCAGGCUCUUCCGAAGGGGAGGGGAAACCACCUGAAUGUCUUCCCCCAACUUCCAAACAGGAAGAUGGGGAUGGGGUCAAACCCCUGCGAGCCCUUGUUGCCCUCUUUUGUUCCUUUCCUCCCAAUCUGCCCACCCUCAGGGACACCUGCAGGGGCCAGCCUUGCUACUUCUGCAUCUCCGGUGCCCCCUGUUGUGUUGGGGUCUGUGCGGGACCCCAAAUCACAGUUUCUGUCCUUCCCUGCCCAGGUGGCCUCAGGUGGCGAUCCCGUCUGUGAUUUCCUACCUGUCCCAGCGUCUUCUAGCGUCCCUAAUGCUCUGGAAUCCUCUGUCCACUCCCUCGAUGACCCAUCACUCCUGUUUUGUACACUCAAGAGGUAUGGGAGGGACUCCAUCCUGCUAAGGAUGGAGGGCGCGUGGGUCCAGAAGGACAUGGUCUAUCUGGGAGGAUGCCGGCCCAGGCCACCCCUUUCCCCUCCCAACCAGACAUCCGGGCUAGAUAAGGUGACCUUAGUUGUUGAGGGGAGGGGCAGAGGUCAAGGGGACAGGGCACAGGCAAAAGGUCAAAGAUGCCGUGAAGGGAGUUCGGGUGGGGGCGGGGUGUGCAGCAGGGAACCCCGUGAUGCCCGAGCCAAAGUGCAGCCAGCUCACUCGCGGAACCCCCUGAGCACCCCUGCCAUGCCCAGCUCGAGUGAGAGCUGCUCCCCCCAGCCAGCCGGGUCAGGGGCCAUCCCUCCCUCCCCGGGCCCUUCCCCAACCAGGUGGGAUCUCCAUUCCUUACACGAGGGUGGCUGCAAGGGUCCUCAGAAAAUAAGCACAGAGGAAGGGCUCCUUUGUCGAACCCAGUGUCCUGCCUGCUCUGGCAUCCCCUGUCCCUUGGGGUCUUACGUCCUGGCCUCCCCACCCCAAUUGGCAGCCUUCCUUUCCCUCUUGGUGCCCAAGCAGGAUGUUCCAGGCCCCAUCCCCAAGCAGUGACCUGCUCGUCCCGUUGGGAGGCCCGAGACCCUGGGGGAGGGGUCAGAAUGUGAGCCCUUUGGCUUCAGGCUAAGGAGAGCUGGCCUCAGCUGCUGGGAUGGGGCUCCGAACUCCUCAGACCCUAGACCUCACCAGCAGUUGCCAUAGUAACCCCUAGGCCCUCUUGGGAAAUGGAUGUGCGCAGAAGCGAGGGGCCUCCCCGGAGGAUCACAGGCAAAAAAGCCACAUUCCCCAUCCUUAGCCUCCACCCCGUGUUUAAUCUCCUCAUGGGAAAUGUCAGCCUCCUCGGGAUCACCUGGGUUCCUGGGAAGACUGGGAAAGUGCAGGCUUUUUUCCCAUUUCCCAGAAGCCAGAGGGCUGGACACCCCACCGCCAAGCGGCUCUGUCCAAGGACAGUCAGACCUCAGUCCGCCUCCCCUCUGGACAUUUUGCAGAGCACCCAGCGCUGGCCACCCCCCAGCCCUGCACACUUGUGUCCCUCCCUCCUAUUUCACCCCCCCCCCAGACCCACUUCACAGAUCCCUUCCUCCACCACAGUCAUGUGGAAAUUCACAUUUCAAAAAUAAAUUUUAAUUUUCUCUCUCCUUUUUUGAGGGCAACUCAAAACUGAGGGACUCUAAGGGCAUGCUCUGGAACGAAAUCUGAGGAGAAAGCAAGAAAACCCCGCGUUAGAGGCAGACUCAGCUCCCAGUCGCCAAGUCACCCGCAGUCCAGAAGCAGAUGGUCCAGUAGCAUCAGAAGGUCAACAGCCUGACACUACAUCACAACGCCUACAUCAUGCACCUCCCUCGUCAUCUUCUCUCCCAUCAUCACAAGAAGGGGAGGACAGUACAAUCGGUUUGAGAGACAGACCACAUUCACAUGACUUUUAUUAUCGUAAUUGCUCUGGUUGUUCUAUUCGGUUGUUAAUCUCUUAUUGCGCCUAACUGAUAAACAAAACUUCAUCAUACGUCUGCACGUACAGGAAAAACCAGAUGGGGUCCGGGGCUGUCUGUGGUUUUGGGCAUCCACCUGGGUUUG